CUUACAAACAGGCAUAAAGUACCUUAGCAUUCUUGACUGCAAAACCCAAUAAGCCACUAAGGAUUAAUAUUUUGGAAGGCUUUAAUGGUGGUCACCGACAGCCGCCCGUUCAUGGCCGCAUCUCGAGGUCAUCAAUUGUGCGAAGGACGCCGAGCGAGGAACAAAAUUAUUAACUAUACCCGCUGGGGUCAAAGGGGGCGAGGCCGGGAGACUAGCCCCACAGGAGCUUCCCUUCCGCAGGCGGCGGCCAGACCUUGAAUCUCGCUGGCCAAAGACACCGCCAAAGACGUAGGUGCUCUCUGCCAUUGCUUCCAUCCAGGCUGGACAGUGUCUUUUAUUAUUAAAGGGAUAAUGAGAUGUCCAUCCAAUGAGAGCUUUUGCUACAAAUGGCGGAUAGAGAUCAAUACGGAAGUAUCCCACUUUACAUCAGUACCAAUUCACCCAGACUGACCUGAGGGCUUAGGACAUAUUGGCGGCAAAAUAACCGCCCUGUUUACAAUAGAAGAUUGUUCGUCUGUACACAAAAAUUAAAAGCGAACUCAUUUUUCUAUAGUGACGUUAAGCUUGUAUUCUUCUUUAAAAAGCUGCAUUUCUGGUUGUGAAACAGGCUCAGGCCUAACGUUAAGGCAGACCCGGAAUCUGCCAGAACAUAAAGGCAAGGUGCUUAUUCAUAAAGAUCAUGUUUAUUAGUAUCGCGAUACGUAGACGUUCAGAGUAGCUUAGCGCCUGUACAUCACGCACUGUUGACAUCGCAGCACCUGACAUCACGUAUUUUGGAAUGUUCCGCUGUAUUCUCAAUCGCGCACGGUUUGUGUAGCUAUAAACUUAUUUUUUUUUUUUUUUUAUAUAUUCCAGACUCAAGUUGCCGGCCCCUCCCGGUGAAGUGGUUCAAAGGGUUUACACGCGAGCGAUGCUCCUGCAAGCAGCGUUUAUUCUAGUUGUGUGCAGCGUUUUCGUUUGGGUGAUACGGCGACGUCACCGGCACGGUCUAUUUGAAAGGCUUGGUGUACCGGGGCCCAAACCGGAUUUGCUAUGGGGAAACUGGAAACAACUCAAGAAAGAUCGUAUUCGGGUAAUGGAUCAGUGGAUUCAACACUACGGCAAGGUGUUUGGUAUAUAUUUAGGCGACAAGCCCUUCAUGGUUAUCACUGAUGUCGAGCUCAUCAAAGAAUGCUUUAGCAAGGCUGCCAAGGUAUUCCAGGACCGCCCAACGUAUACUAUCAAUGUGGACCCCUUUAAAUGUGGAUUGCCUUUCAUACGAGGAGAGAAGUUUCGGAAAGUACGCUCAGUGUUCAAUGCUUGUUUCACCGCUGGAAAAGUAAAGAAACUAUUUGGUGUUAUCGACAGUAUCAUGACGGGCCUUGUCCAGAAAUUCGACGAAGCUGCGCGUUUUGGCGACAUGGUCGACGCCCAUGAAGCAAGCUAUGGCAUGGUAUUGGAGAUGGUGACAAAGACUUUGCUUGGACGGGAGGCAGACCGCCAAACGAAGAGUGAGGACCCAAUGCUCAAAUCACUUCACGUGAUAUUCGAAGAAGCGGACAACGCGUUGUUUGAGAGCGUGUUUUCUUAUCCCGGCCUCCGUAGCAUUCUUCAGUGUCUCUAUCCGUUUACAUCUAUCUGCAAAGCAGUGAAGAAUGUCCUGGAUCAUACGGCGACUAUUAUCAACAAACGCAGGAAGGGCGAAACUGAGCGAAAAGAGGAUGUGCUCCAGUACAUUCUCGAUGCUCAAGAAGGCGUGGGAAGCUUUCUACCCACAGCAUGCAUUAACGCCCGUUUUCUCGAUGACCACAAAUUGGUAUGUAACAUCGCACUACAUCUUAUAGGUGGAUUCGAGACAACUUCUGCAUCCCUCGCUUUUCUGCUGUACCUCCUCGCCAAGCACCCAGAAGAACAGGAAAAAGUACGAGCUGAAAUUUACAGAGAGCUCUGUCGUAACAAAAGCUAUGAAAUGGACAGUGGCAUAAACAAUAUUGAAGAAAGGCAGGGACUCGAACACAAGCGAUGGGAACCAAAAGAUGACGUUCCCGGCUUUUCACCUUCGCGUAGCUCGGCUAACCCGACAAAUGCGAGCCAGAAUUCCGAGUACAAAGGUUUGGAAACAAAACCUGCCGAGCGAACAGAUCUUCCAAUGCCCUCGUCACAUCAGCGAAGCGAAAAAAGGGAGCUCGAUGAAGACGAUGUCAUGCUGCUCGAGCGCCUCGACAUGGUCGUUCGAGAGGGGAUGCGAUUGUACCCGGCAAUUCCGAUCGCCGUAAUGCGAGAGUGUGUCGAGGACACCACCAUACUGGGCAGAUUCAUUGCAGCGGGAACGAGCGUUUUUGCGCCACCAUGGCACGUCCACAGGAACCCAGAGAUCUGGCCUGAACCAAACCGCUUUAUACCGGACCGCUUCUCGCCAGCACAGCGAGACAGUGUGGCUUGCAGCUACUUCCCCUUCGGCCUUGGGCCCAGGGUGUGUGUGGCACGCAGACUAGGAAUGGUGACGGUAAAGACAGCGCUGUAUAGAUUAAUAAGGGAUUUCGAGAUUUCUCUCGCCGACGACACCCCGGACCCACUCCCAAUAUGCGUGGAUCACUUGAUUCUUAAUCUAGCAGUGCCUAUAAAAUUACGGGUUAAGAGGAUAAAGUUCGAAUGA